AUGCAGAAUCCCUCUUCUGAAGACUUCAAUGUAACUCAUGUGACUGAAUUUCUCAUUGUUGGGACUGAGCAGGGUCUUAAAAACUUCUAUGUGGAGUUGUCUUUCUUCAUCUUGGUGGUAUACAUCAUGAUUUUAAUUGGAAACCUCAUCAUAUUCACUCUGGUGAUGACAAACUACAAACUACGAACACCCAUGUACAUCUUUCUUGGUAAUCUGUCUUUCAUAGACAUAGUAAUAGCAACCAGUGUUCACCCUAAGUUCAUAACAAUGGUUUUACAGAAUGACUUUACCAUUACAUUUUCAGGUUGUUUUAUCCAAAUGUAUGUGUAUUUGGGUGUUCAAACUGUUGAAGGCUUUCUCUUGUGUGUCAUGGCUUAUGACCGAUAUGUAGCCAUCUGCAAUCCUCUUCGUUACAGCAGUAUAAUCUCUGGGAGGGUAUGUGCUGUAAUGGUAACUGUAGCAUGGGUGUCUGGUCUCCUAAUGCCUUGCUUCUCUGUCAUAUUUGCAUCACAAUUGCCAUUUUGUAACACUGGAGUAAAAUUUUGGUUUUGUGAUUACCCAGCUGUUGUUUGGCUGUCCUGUUGGGACACUACAUUUUUGAUUGAUGUGGCUCUUUCAAUUGCCGUGGUAGUUAUGUAUAUACCUUUCAUGUUAAUUGUGUGGUCCUACUAUAGAAUAGUUCUAGCAAUUUGCAAAAUUGCAACCUCUGAAGGACGUAUAAAAGCUUUUUCCACCUGCUCCUCUCAUCUGACUGUUGUUCUGGCCUUUUAUUUAGCUCAUUCUUGUGUAUAUAUUAGUGCCAAAGUAUUAAAGAAUAAUAGUAAUAUGCUAAUCUUGAUAUCUAUUAUCAACAGUGCCCUAGUUCCUGUUCUAAAUCCCCUUAUUUACACUUUUAGAAACAAAGAAAUAAAAGAUGCUUUGCAAAAGCUCUGUUGUCAUGUUAAACGACAGUCCUAA